UAACCAUCCUGUGCUCGUCCCUAUAUCUUAUACGCAUAUCUCUUCAUUUCUAUAUCUCCUCAAGAAUCAAACAAUGGGCAGAGAACUCACUCAAAUUACUACUCUCUUCUUCUUCGUUGUCUUCUUAUCAAUCUCAGUUUUGAAGGUUUCUUUUGCCGAUUCAAGAAAGCAAGACUCGCCGACUCCGUUGAACCCUUUUUCCCCUAAAGCUUCUUUGAUCCGUUAUUGGAACAAACACAUCUCUAACUCACUACCUAACCCGCCAUUUCUUUUCUCUAAAGCUUCUCCACUCACUGCCAUUGACUCAGCUUUCUUCUCCAAACUCGCUACUCACAACUCACUGUCUUCACAUUUUGAUUCGUUCUGUUCCUCGGCUAAUUUAUUCUGUUCAUUUGACUCCAAAGCUGAACUAGCCAAUCAUAACAAAGAUGCCAACUUUGCACUUUACUCCAACAAACGCUUUUCAAAUUAUGGCGGGUCACGAUCCGGAGGUGUUGACUCGUUCAAGAACUACUCCAACGGAUUGAACUCCGUAACCGACUCGUUCAUUAAGUACAGCCGUGACGGGACAGGCCACAGCGAAACAUUCACAAAUUAUGCUGCUGAUGCGAACGUAGCUAAUGCAACAUUUGGAAACUACGGCACUGGUGCCACUGGCGGCUCCGGCGAGUUCAAGAACUAUGACGACCGAGUCAACGUACCGGGUCUUCGAUUUACCACAUAUGACUCCGAUGGCAAUAACCAUAAGCUAUCAUUUUCACAUUACAGUGGAGAGACGAAUUCUGGAUCUCAAACAUUCACAAGCUAUGGAAAGAAAGGAAAUGCAGUUCCAUCUGAGUUCAUAAACUAUAGCGAAGAUUCAAAUAUUAUUGAUUCCACAUUCACGGGUUAUGGCGAGUUGGGUAAUGUAGCUAAUGACUCGUUCACUGGUUAUGGCGUUUCAGGCAACAACCCACAUACUAAUUUCAAGAGUUACGGCGCUGGAGAAAAUGCCGCUAGUGAUAGCUUCUCGAACUACAGAAAUGGCGCCAAUGUUGGUCAAGAUUCAUUUCAGUCUUAUGCGAAGAAUGCAAAUGCGGGGAAAGUUAGUUUUACAAAUUAUGGGAAAACAUUCAAUCCUGGAAAUGACACGUUUAAAGAAUAUGGCAAGGGAUCUAAGGGUCUCACCACUGUUGGAUUCAAGAUUUACGGUCCCGAUCGAUCUUUCAAGGAAUAUAUGGACAAGGGUGUCUCUUUCUCUGGUUAUACUAACACCAGUAGUGUCAGUGGCAGUUUCGUGAAUCAUAGAUGGGUUGAGCCUGGAAAGUUUUUCAGAGAGUCCAUGUUAAAGCAAGGGAAUGUUAUGGUAAUGCCCGAUAUCACCGAUAAAAUGCCUAAAAGAUCAUUUUUGCCCCGAUCAAUUGUGUCGAAACUACCAUUUUCAUCUUCUAAUCUUUCCGAGCUUAAGCAAAUUUUUCAUGCGCCAGAAAACUCAACCAUGGAGCGCGUGAUUAAUAACGCGCUUGCUGAGUGCGAGAGAACACCCAGCCGUGGCGAGACCAAGAGGUGCCUUGGCUCCAUUGAAGAUAUGGUUGACUUCGCAGUCUCGGUUUUGAGCCACAAUGUGGUGGUUAGGACAACUGAAAACGUUCACGGAUCAAAGAAAAAUGUAACGAUCGGAACGGUCAAAGGAAUCAACGGUGGAGCUGUGACCAAAUCAGUAUCUUGUCAUCAAAGCCUGUAUCCUUACUUACUGUAUUAUUGUCAUUCGGUGCCCAAGGUUAGGGUUUACGAGGCAGAAAUUCUUGAAGUUGAGAGUAAAGCAAAAAUCAACGUUGGAGUUGCAAUCUGUCAUAUUGACACGUCAGCUUGGAGUCCAGAUCAUGGAGCUUUUGUGGCACUUGGGUCCAGCCCUGGUCAAAUUGAGGUUUGCCAUUGGAUAUUUGAGAAUGAUAUGACUUGGACAAUUGCUGAUUGAUGAUGAGGAAUAAUAGUUUUCUUGGGUUUUGAUUAAAUUUCCAUUCAACCAAUUUUUGGGUUUUGAUUGUACUUUUUUUUUUUUUUUUUAAUUUGGAAUUGCAGAAGGCUCAUUUGUCAUUCCCAAUCUUUCAUUUGUACUCUCACCUUCUAGUAUAAAUCCGACACAAACUUCAUCUUUAUCCUUUUCAAAGCUGAUUAGUUUUGUGUUGGUUUUUCUUUUCUUUUUUUCUUUUUGCUUCAUUAUUUCAAGAAAGUUGCUUCUUCAUCAUCUUUUAAUA